GCGAGGGGUGGUGGCUCCCGGGACGAUUAGGGCUCGAGGAGGCGGGGAGGAAGGGGAAGCCUGUGGUUCGGAAAAGCGCCCCAAGCACCCCUCGGGAACCUUUGCAAAACCCACUGCCCUGUCUGGAAGUACUGCGAAACGUGCCGGGCGUGGGGUCCUUGUCCGGACCCGGUCAGGACUGGCCGGGCCCCGCGGAGUAGUGCCCGGGGCGCGGCCCAACGUGAACUUCGGGCUGCCAGGCGUUGGGGUGGACGGGGGCGGGUCCCGGAUGUGCGGGUGUCCGGCCUGGCACCCUCUCGCCCCUCCUCCGGCGGACGCCCCGGCGGUCCCUGAGGGUGCAUGUGUCGGUGGGUUGGAGGUUAGUGUUUCAGGGCUGCGUUAUGGACACUUCCUGUUUGCUGUCUCCUCUGCGGCCGUGGUUCCCUGUGAACUUUAGUCACGUCUUUCUGGGCGAGUGAGCGAUCCGCUGACGGAGAGGGGCCGUGUGGCAGCAGUCGAUCUGGUACCCAGGGCUCGGUGGGAGUUAGAGCAGAGCAGCCCAUGUGGUCAAACUUCCAUCCUCCACUCGCACCUAACUCCUCCCCGUUGUUACUUGCUUGUGGAAAAACCUCUUCCCAGCUCGGCUAGCAAGAGUUGGGGGAUAUCAUUCUUUUGGGAACCACAGUCAGUGGGAUCUUCCCACACUUGAUUUCUGCUUUAGGGUUUUGUUCAGGUUGUUCCUGUAUUUCGAUCACUUCUUACGGAGCAGUCUUAGCACGGAAGAGAAAUGGCACAGACUUACUUUCUUCAACUCCAACUCUGACUGAAGGGAAGGAGGCGGUUAUUUGUUUCCAGCUUUGUCGCGCUGCCUCUCCUGUCGGCCUUCUGAUUGUGACAGCCACGUGGCCGGAUGAGUGCAAUAGUGCUCUAGCGGCUGCCAGGAGGGCUAAGGUUCUCUGGUAGCCAAGGGCUUUGUGACCGCGCUGGAGAAUCACAUGCACUUGUGUCUUGGUACAUUCGGGGAGGGAAAAGUGGGAAAAGGGGAAUAGUUAAACCCUAUUUUCCUUUCUUCCUUAUCCUAAUAUUUAUCUGUUUCCUGACAGUACUGCACUAUAAGAGUAAAUGGGUCCAGUAAUUGGAAUGACUUCAGAUAAAAGAGCUGAAACGCCAGGAGCUGAAAAAGUUGCAGGCUUAAGCCAGAUUUACAAGAUGGGAAGUUUGCCUGAAGCUGUAGAUGCUGCCAGGCCAAAGGCAACCCUAGUGGACAGUGAGGCAGCUGAUGAUGAACUGACAAACUUGAAUUGGCUUCAUGAAAGUACUAAUCUUCUAACAAACUUCAGCCUUGGAAAUGAGGGUCUUCCGAUGUAUGACAUUGAGGGAGAUGAUGUGCCAUCCUUUGGACCUUCUUGCUACCAGAACCCAGAAAAAAAAUCGGCAACCUCAAAGCCCCCAUACUCCUUCAGUCUUCUCAUUUAUAUGGCUAUUGAACACUCUCCAAAUAAAUGUUUGCCUGUCAAAGAAAUUUAUAACUGGAUUCUGGACCGCUUCCCAUAUUUUGCUACUGCACCAACAGGCUGGAAGAAUUCUGUUCGACAUAAUCUGUCCCUGAAUAAAUGUUUUCAGAAAGUGGAAAGAAGCCAUGGAAAGGUUAAUGGAAAAGGUUCCUUAUGGUGUGUUGAUCCAGAAUAUAAACCUAAUCUUAUGCAGGCACUGAAGAAGCAACCUUAUCCCUCAACACCAGUAUCUUACACUUCUCCUGCAUCUCCACAAAGUGAUUCUUUAUCACCUCACUACUUAAACUCUGUACUCAAGCAGAACCAAGUGCAAACCCUCAAAGAAUCUGAUAUUGAUGCUGCCACUGCAAUGAUGCUGUUGAAUACAUCUAUAAAACAAGGAAUUUUAGAAUGUGAGAAGCCACUUCCUCUUAAGACAUCACUGCAAAAAAAGAGGAGUUAUGGGAAAGCAUUUAAUCAUCCCAGUGCUAUACAAUUACAAGAGAGUGAUUCUUUAGCCACCAGCAUUGAUCCAAAAGAAGAUCACAAUUACAGUGCAAGUAGCAUGGCAGCACAGCGUUGUGCAUCCAGGUCUAGCGUAUCUUCGUUGUCAUCUGUGGAUGAGGUAUAUGAAUUUAUCCCAAAGAAUAGCCAUGUGGGAAGUGACGGCAGUGAAGGAUUUCAUAGUGAAGAAGAUACAGACAUUGAUUAUGAAGAUGAUCCUCUUAGAGACAGUGGCUUUGCAUCACAGCCUUGUGCAAAUACCUCUGGAAAAGGGCAGCCAGGGAAAAAGAAGCGAGAGCAGUCGUGUCAAGAAAUUGAUGAGGAGCUCAAAGAGGCAGCUGGAUCUCUGCUCCACCUUGCAGGAAUCCGUACCUGUUUAGGCUCCCUGAUAAGUACUGCAAAGACACAAAAUCAAAAGCAGCGGAAAAAAUAGAAAUACUUGUUUUUGUAAAAAUUAUUUCCAAGUGUGGCAAUACUCUUCUACUUCAUUCUUUACAAGGGAUAUCAAAGCCAUAAUGGACUUCUUUAGUGUCAGGGUGGAAGAGGGAUGCUAAUUACUUGUUUAUUUUCAAAUGUUUUGGGGUUUCUUUUUUUUUUUCAUUUUUAUUACACAAUUGCUGUUAGGAUCAUGCCCAAUCUUAAAUACAUAAAUCCUAAAAGCAUUUUUGUGAUUAAACUCUCAAAGAUUAGGAAAUUUUUAUAUAAGAAAAUUCUAAAAUUUUCAGCUAUAAACUCAUGCUAAAAAUAUUUUCUUCUGUUAAGAUGUUAAAAUAUAAGAUUUGGCAGCUCUAUAAAACUUUUCAAAUUUUAUUUUUUAAAAUCUGAAUUUAACGAUAGCUACUGAUUCCACUCAUUUUUUUUGCUGAUAUCUCUUUCAGAUAUUCUUCACCUGACAUACAUCUGAUAGGUUAUGGUUUGGGGUUUUUAUUUUGUUUCUCUGCUCUAAAUUAUUUUUUCUUGUGACAUGAGCAAAGUCAGAUAUAAAAUCGAAAAGACUUUGGCCACAAAUGUAGAAAAUACAAGAAGUUCUACAGUUUAGAAAAGGCAGUGUGGGGAUGUGAUUUCAUUGAAGAAGAUUCCAGUUCCUAUUGCUGUGCUAUCUUUGAGGUGUUUUUACUUCACAGAUAGCAUAUACUAUUUCAUGGGCCUUUUGUCCUUCCCAAAGUGCUUUGCAACCAUUGUUCAAAUUUUAGCCAAUAGAUGUCUCUGUUCAAUGAAAAUUAUCCAAUGAGAGGAUAUAGCCAUAGAGUGUGUUCUGAAAUAACACCUAUUUUUGACACACUUUUGCAAUAAGAGACUCUGAUUUGCUUGGUAAGGUACUGCAUUGUGCAGAAACUUAUAAUAGGAAUAACAUAUAAGAAAACAUUUUUGAACACGUGUUAUUUUAAGUUAUCAUUAGUGCAAGUAGACCAUUUAGGAAAAGCUUCUGUUCAGGCUUUGUAUGGAUUAAAAGUGUAUAUAUACCAAAUUAAAUUUUAGGAGAUAUAAUGAACUGUGGAGAAAUACUUUCAUGGAUUUCAAGAUUUGUAUAAAAUUAGGUCUUCUGUACCACAGCUUUUUGAGGAGGCAGUGUAGACUUACAUGUGCCAUUAAUCCACGCUAAAAGGUUUUAUAUCACUGUUCCAAAAGUACAUUUGACUAAAGUGUUUUAAGUAUUUGAACAAAUCUGCUUGUAUAAGACAGUUUUUCAUAAUAUCAUCUGUACAGUUUGACUAUAUUAUUCAUAAGGAACAGGGGAUACUAAUAAAUUAAACCUAUUCAUUGUAUUUCUUUUAACAAUGAUGGAGAAAACUGCCAGAAGUUCAGUCUUAUGAUAUGUCCUAUGUCAUAGACAAUGACCUUGUUUUCAUUUUUUUCCUCAAUAUUUAUAUACAUGUGGACACAUAUAUACAUACAUACACACACGUGUGCACGGGUCAUGUUGCUUGGCUGCUUUCAGCUCUUUCCACAACUGUAAAGCAUUUUCUGGGUUUUUGAAAAAGAGAUGUACAGAUGUUUUUUGACAAAACUGUUAAGAAUAACAAAAAUUUCUUUUUCAAUUGAUAAGACCUUAAGCCAGGGAUAAUAGUAUUCACGAUCUUUGUCCUGUUUCUGUGUUAAGUGUAAUUGAAUCUGGAUAGCCAUGUUAAUAGAAUUGGUGCUAAUGAAAUACAAUUUUUAAUUUUUGAAAUGCAGGAUGAGGUGUUUUAAUUAUUUUCUUCUUCCUGUAUGUCAUAUCUACAAAAACAGGAUAAACCAAGUUGACCCUUUUUACUGUAGACAAUAAUAAAACACCACAAAAAACAUCACAGUAUAAAUAGUAGAGAUCACAAAAAUCACUUUAGUAAAAAAAAUUUUAAGCUAUUUACUCUGGCCCUCUGAAACAGUGUUUCAAUUAUCUGGUUCCAGUUUAUUUUGUUCUGAAAUUCUGUGCCACAGAUGUUCCCAGUUACUUGGAAGUCUUGGGUAGAAUUCAUUGCAUCAUUUUGCAUCUGCUAAGAUACCAAGAUAUUUUCAGGGGAAAGGACUAUUUAUGUAAUGUUCCCCUGUUACGAUCUUCAUGGGGAUUGUGAUUUCAUUCCUCAAAUGUGUUAGAUAGAAAGAUGGCUCAUAACACCCAGUUAAUGAAAGUCAUCCCAGACCUAUGGACUGAAAAAUUGUAUUCUUGAUAAUAUUAGCAACAAACUUGGAUGUAUUAUAAAUAAACUUGGAAACCCUGAAGAAAUUACAUAUUUUUAAACUGUGAUUUUAGGCUAACAUAAUUUGCCUUACAUUAAAAUAAUAUUUUGGUACACCUGAUUGCAGUUCUAGCCCUAGUAAAAAUUUUGUCUUGGCACAGUUAAUCUUCAUCUUUCACAUCCCAAAUAGAACCAGUGUUUCUUGAAUAUAUACUUUUGAAAUUUAUUUGUGCAAUAUUUGCUAAAUUAGUUAAUAUUUUACUUUUCAAAUUCAGAGGAAGAAAUAUUAUUUUUAUUUGUAAAAGGCCAAUUAUUUGUGUAUCACCUCCCUUUUUCCACUUUUGAGCCAUUCCUGUCCUAAAUAACCAACAUAAGAUCUCUUGACUUAGAUUCCUUUGCUUAUGGUAAAAUUUAGUAUUCUGUAUUUUUUUCUGUUUGCUUUGUGAGGCAUUAUGUAAAGGGUUCAUACUAGAUAAUCAGUUAAAUACUUGCUAGCAUAAAUUUAAAGCUGGAGAAAGUGUUAAGGAGGGAAAAUAUGUGUCUUGGUAGACCAGGAGGCCUUUUUCAGUAAUUUAAGAAACAAAUGUGAAUACUUCACAAAACUGUAAAGACUAUUUAAAUACUAUAGGAACUUCAACACCUUUUUGUGAAGAAUAUAGCAUUUACUUGAGAAACCUUGAGGCUUGUAGUUUUUUGUUUGUUUGAAAUAUGUAAGCUUUGUGUUAAGUUUACUUCAGUAUGUUAAUGAUGUAGUCAAAAUAUUUAUUGAGAGGCAAAAUACAGUAUUUUAAUGUUGUACCUGCCAUUUUUUCUUAAAGCACAUUGUUUGCAUCUAACUGCCAGUGCCAUUGUCAAAUUUGUUUUUAAAAUUGUUGUAUAUUUCUUAUUAAACUAAGUGCUUAAAGUAUUAUGUUGCCAUCAUAUAGUGUAUAAAAAUGUGUAAUUGCCAAUUCAUUUUAACUAUUUAUUUUUUAAUGAAGGUGUAAGAACACUUUCUCAUUCAAGAAAUUUCUUAUUAAGCUGUUUCCUUACCCCCUUUUCUUCUGUAGCAUAAAAAUUGCCCUGGUUUGAAUGAUAACUGCCAGUAGAUGACCUGCCACAAGUGAACCACUUCCCAGUUGCCAGGCUUUGCUCAUAUUAAAAACAACUUACAAAUGUUUAGUUUUUGUAUCUAAUCUCUGAUUAUUAAAAUGUUUAUAAAAUUUAUUUUUACCAAAGAAAUGCAAUUCAUUAUGAUAAAGUAUUGCAGAAUAAACUUUGUUUUAUAGCA